CGGGCGGGCGGGGCGGGCGCGCGGCGCUGAUGCAAGAGCCGAGCUCGGAGUGACCCCCGCGGAGCGACCGACAGACGGACAGACAGACAGACAGACCCGCCGACCGACCCCCGGCCUCCCUCACACACACACCACCCACCCCGGCCGCCGACAUGUCCGGCGACGAGAUGAUUUUCGACCCUACUAUGAGCAAGAAGAAGAAGAAAAAGAAGAAGCCCUUUAUGUUGGAUGAGGAAGGAGGAGGAGAUACACAAACAGAGGAGACUCAGCAAUCAGAAACAAAGGAAGUUGAACCAGAGCCAACAGAAGACAAAGAUGUGGAAGCAGAUGAAGAAGACAGCAGGAAGAAAGAUACAACAGAUGACUUGGAUGACUUAAAUUUCUUCAAUCAAAAGAAAAAGAAGAAAAAAACAAAAAAGAUAUUUGAUAUAGAUGAAGCAGAAGAAGGUGUAAAGGAAUUGAAAAUUGAAGGAGAUGUGCCAGAGGCAGCAGAACCUGAAGAUGAUCUUGAUAUCAUGCUGGGCAAUAAAAAGAAGAAAAAGAAGAAUGUGAAGUUUCCAGAUGAAGAUGAGAUAAUGGAGAAGGAGGAAGCAUUUGAGGAUGAAGACAGCAAAAAAGACGAUGGAAUUUCUUUCAGCCUUCAGUCAGGACCUGCGUGGGCAGGCUCAGAAAGGGACUACACAUACGAUGAGCUGCUCAAUAGAGUUUUUAACAUCAUGCGGGAAAAAAACCCGGACAUGGUGGCUGGAGAAAAACGGAAAUUUGUCAUGAAGCCCCCCCAGGUUGUGAGAGUAGGGACCAAGAAAACAUCUUUUGUCAACUUUACAGAUAUCUGCAAAUUAUUACAUCGUCAGCCCAAACAUCUCCUGGCAUUUUUGUUGGCAGAAUUGGGUACAAGUGGCUCAAUAGAUGGUAACAACCAACUUGUAAUCAAAGGAAGAUUCCAGCAAAAACAGAUAGAAAAUGUCUUGAGAAGAUAUAUCAAGGAGUACGUCACCUGCCACACGUGCCGCUCCCCAGACACCAUCCUGCAGAAGGACACCAGGUUAUACUUCCUGCAGUGCGAGACCUGCCACUCCCGCUGCUCCGUCGCCAGCAUCAAAACAGGCUUCCAGGCUGUCACAGGCAAGAGAGCCCAGCUCCGUGCCAAAGCUAAUUAGUCUGCUAAUCACCACUGGAUUGUGCGCAGCGUUCUGGGGAGGUGGCAGCUGGACAGGUUUCCAGGAGCGGAUCAAGCGUUCGUGUUAAAACGAGAUUGUAAAAACCGCGAGAAAUUGGGCUUUUGGUUGGUUGGGCUGUGAAACCCUUACAAGAUGCAGAUCCUCAAGCUGUUCACAUACAUUUGCUCAUUGAAUAUAUUUUACCAACUGUAAGGAACGUGAUGGGAAAGGAGGUGCUUUUUAAUCCGUUCAGACUUCUGUAAAACACGAGAUAAAUUAAAGAUACUAUAACAGUGA